CUAGGAGUCGCCGCAGUAAUUGCUGGGAGGAAGCCAGUGUUACAAUUCGCGGGGGCCUCUGUCGUAUGCGCCAGUGAAAUCUUAAACACACGCCUGUUAAUCGCACGUACGCACGGCACGGUCGUCAGGCCAGGUACGUCCACGUCGACGGACGUACGUACGUCGCCGCAGCCCCUCCUCGUCGCUCCUCGCCGUUCAAUCGCCCUCUCUCUUCCACUAUCUAUCCUGGCGGCACGGCAGCACAGGGGCGGCCGGCCGGGGGCGACCGUGCUUUAAUUGCAAGAUAUAACGAAGGGUGUUGUGUAUUCCUCGCCCUCGUCUACCUCGCGUACGUACGUGCGAGCGAGCGGGACGGAGCGAGGCGCGGCGCCGCGGGUGCAACAAGAACGGCGAGGAGCAGCCGCAUGAAGAAGGGAAGAUUCCACGGUGUGUCAUCAGUGAUACAAGUCAGUCAGCUAGCCGACCAGUAGCUACAGCCCGCCGCUAUCCGACCAGUGAAAGUCCAAUCAAGUAGACGGCCGGCCAAGCAAAGUGUCGCACCCGUUAAGAAGAAAAAAGAAGAAAAGAGAAAGAGAAGAAGGAGAGAGGGACAUAGACGGUGUGUGAAGACAAGAGAGAAAGAGAGACACCUUGCGAGAGUGUACGCACGAGCAAGUUGGGCGGACAGCAGCGCGACCAGAGAGCAGCAUCCUCCUAUAUAUAAUGCGACGUGCAACCUUCUUCCCUUUCGCCUUGGUGGUCGUUCCUUCGGAAUAAAGCCGCGCGUUUGCUGCUGGGACGGUUCCUUACCUGCAGGGCUAUGACGUAAUGGCAAGAGAGGAGUUACGGACCAAGAGACCUUUCAAGAUAUGGGACAGCUGGCGUAACGUAAGAAAAGGACUGGUCGUUAGCAAUUUCGAAGAGUUGAUUGUUCGAGGUAAGGAAAAGCUGGGUGUACCACAAAACGAGAAUGUCUCGUUAGUUUUGGAGUCGGACGGCACGCAAGUCGAGGACGGCGAGUACUUCAAAACACUAGGAAACAACACGAUCCUGCUCUUGUUGCGGCAUGGUGAACGCUGGUGUCCUACUGGCGUCGACAUCAUACGCGCUGCAAUUUCGGCGAUCCCGAAAAUAGUCUGCGAGACGAUCCACGCGCUGGAGUUGCACGAUGAGACGCCAUCGUGGAAAAUCAUGGACAAUAAAGGCCGAGUCACAGUGGUAUUACACUGGGACCAGCGCUCGUCGUCGUCAUCGCAGGUGCAGCAGCAACAAUCAAAGGCAGGCCAGGACGCCCAGACUUCCAAGUACUCACCGACUAAGAAAGCUGACCUGAGUGGCGCCCAGCGGCCGUCCCUGGUGAUCCAAACCAGCUUGGACAAACUCGGCUAUGAUGGCAAGGCAACGCACUUGCCCGGCGAGAUCGCCCCGACGCGGUACACCAGUCCGCGAAUCACUGUGAUAAAUCAUGACGAUAUGCAGCAGCAGCCGAUGCAGUCGCACAUGCCGGGCCGUCUAGUGAAGCAAGGCACGAAUUCAUUCGACAGUACAACCAUCCACAUCCACACACCUGAAUGCUCCAACCACAUUCAUCAGCCGGUAGCGCGAAAUGGCAGUCCCGUGAAUGGCGCCGACGGUGGUGCCAUCGGCGAGUGCGACUUCCACUGCUGCGCUCUUCACGAGGAAGGCCGCAGAAUCGCUGUACACAAAUCGGUGGCGACAUCGCCGAUCCAGGAUGCGCAGCAUGCGCAAUAUCAACACCCACAUCAUCCGCAUCAACAGCAACAACAGCAAACGCAAACACAAACACCGUCGCCACAACCGCCAUCCUCCCUUUCGGACGGCACCAAGCGACCUGGCCUGAGUAAAGGUCAUGUUCGCUUUCGCGAUACCGCCGACGAGGAAUCAAGCUCGCGUCUGGCCGGUGCCGUUACCCACUUUCACUUGCAUCAUAAUCAUCAUCACCAAGAACAUGACAGUUCCGAGUCCGAAACGGAAAAUACAAUAAUGGAGGAUGAAUUCGUGACCUCGGAAAAAUUUCUGCUACUGAUCGAUCAGCUGACGGUCGAUCAGAAACAUCAUCUUAGCAUCAAGGACAUUGGUAUCAUAUUGGAGCGACUCAGCUCUAAAAUCCUCGACGUCGAGCGGCUGGAUCGCGAAAGCGAGAGCGAGGAGUGCUAUAAUUGGACGAUCAAGGCGCUUAUACGGGGUGAUGUCCUGCGGGAGCUCGGUGUGAUCUACAAUGGGAAUUAUUACGCAAUCUCGGAACAUCCUGGUUACAAAGAGGAGUCCGAAGAAAAUAACGAGGAUAAUGAAGAGGAAGAGGAAGAUAGACUUUAAUAUGAUGCUGUUUUACUAGAUAGAUAGAUAGAUAGAUUAUACACCUAUUCCAGGUUAUUAUUAAAUUAGGCACGUUGCAAACGGAAAUAAGAACAAAGAUCCCAUAUAGCACAGAUCUUCAAGAGAUGUUCUGAAGGAUAUCUUGAAAACAUGCCAACGUCCUGAGAAAACGUUCCUAGGAAAAUCUCUGGGAUA